AUGAAAUUUCAGAAAUUAUUUCACAUUCUAUUUAUUAUCCUGAUGAGUUUGCUUCUUAUUCAUGGACAGAGACAAGGAAACCAUGGUCAAAGGAGAAGACCCCACAGACACAACUGUUUCCUGAAAAGGUGUAUGCCUCUUCAUUCCAGAGUGCCCUUCCCCUGA